AUGUCCAAGCCUAAAGACCGAGGGCAGCCUCCCUGUAUUAACCACACCAACAAGACGUGGCGGGCGAGACGGAGGGUGUUUGUAGGGCAAGACUGGCACAGUGACCCUGCAGCGCCCUGCGGGCUGCGCCACGGCCCACUGCACCUGUCACUGCGCGGGAGCACCCGCAGUGUCUGUGCACAACGGGCAGAAGCGCCGCACGAAGCUGCUGCGAAGGUGGCGCCAGGUUCCCAGCUGCUGGUCUUGCUGCUGCUUGUGGGCGCUGCGGCCGUGCCAGGAACCAGCGCCGGCUCCCACUCCUACCGGCAUUUCUGCAUGGGAUUGUCGAAUCCCAGCCCAAACGUGCCCGCCUUCACUGCCGUGGGCUACGUGGACGACCAGCAAAUUCUCCACUAUGACAGUGAGACGUGGAGACAGGAGCCAUGUAGGGACUGGGUGCAGGGGGCCGUCGACCCAGGCUUCUGGGACAGGGAAACCAGGACCUUGCAGGACUGGAAGAGGGGAUUUGACACCAACCUGGUCAGCUUGCAGCACCGCUACAACCAGAGCAGGGGGUCUCACACUCUCCAGCUCACGUACGGCUGUGAGCUCCACGAAGACCACAGCACUGGAGGCCACAUGCAGUUUGGCUACGACGGGGGAGACUUCAUCAGCUAUGACCUGGCAGCACACACCUGCAUAGCAGGGACAACGCAGGCCCAGGUCACCCAGCACAGCUGGAAUGAGGAUACAGCCAUGCUGCAGAGUGCAAGAGCCUACCUGGAGGAGACCUGCAUCGCGUGGCUGUGGCAGUACCUGCAGCACGGGGAGGCAGCGCUGCAGAGCAUUGAGUCCCGGUGUCACCGCCCAGGGCAGCACUGA